UCCAGGGGUGCAAAAAUUCGUGUUGAGAACCUUCAUUACGACAUUACUGAGAGCGAUCUUGAGGAUCUCUUCUCCCGCAUCGGUACUAUUUCUGCCGUCUCUCUCGUGUAUGAUCGCGCCGGGCGCUCGGAAGGCAUUGCUUACGUUACGUACGACCGUGUUGGUGAUGCGCGCCGAGCCAUCUCCGAAUUCGACGGUGCCAAUGCCAAGGGCCAGCCUGUUCGCUUGACGCUACUUCCUCCCGGCGGUGGUGGCAGACGGGACCGCAAUCCCUUCGACAACGUGGAGAAACCGAAGGGAAGUCUUUUUGAUCGGGUGGAGCGUCCUCGCGAAAGAGAUGCACGCAGUUUGAGCCCAGGCAAUGACCGUGAUAACAAUGGGGAUCGCCGCCGCGGUGGCCGCCGCGGCGAAGGUCGUAUCCGCCGCAGCGAUGUGUCGAAGCCUGCUCCCGACCACAUUGACCGCUACGUGCCUAGGCAACGGACUUCGCCUCGCAGGACCGGAGGAGCCGGAGCUGGUGCCGGUGCCGGUGCCAAUCGGCGCCAAGGAGGUGGUGAACGCCGGGACGACAAAACCAAGGGCGACCGCCGUGCGCCGAACAGUCGGCCUCGCAAGACCCAGGAAGAGCUUGACCAGGAGAUGGAAGACUACUGGGGAACUGCGAAAUCGGGAGCCGGCACCGAGGAGCAGGCUGGUGCGGGUGUUGCUGAUGCUGGCAGUGCUGCUCCGGUGGCAGCAGAGACACAGGCUGCUACUGCUCCUGUGGUGAACGAUGACGAUAUUGAUAUGAUCGAGUGA